GCCCAGGCGGCCGCGAUGAGGGUCAACGAGAAGUAUUCGACGCUCCCGGCCGAGGACCGCAGCGUCCACAUCAUCAACAUCUGCGCCAUCGAGGACAUCGGCUACCUGCCGUCCGAGGGCACGCUACUGAACUCGCUUUCUGUGGACCCCGACGCCGAGUGCAAACACGGCCUCUACUUCCGGGACGGCCGGCGCAAGGUGGACUACAUCCUGGUGUACCAUCCCAAGAGGCCCUCGGGCAGCAGGACCCUGGCCAGGAGGGUGCAGCACAGCGAUGCCGCCCCGGCCACCCGCGGCACCCGCCGGGACCAGCCCCUGCCCGGCAAGGGGAGCGUGGGGGCGGCCGGGGGCCCCGAGCCCCCGAUGGACUACCACGAGGACGACAAGCGGUUCCGCAGGGAGGAGUACGAGGGGAACCUCCUGGAGGCCGGCCUGGAGUUGGAGCGAGACGAGGGCACCAAGAUUCACGGGGUCGGAUUCGUAAAGAUCCACGCGCCCUGGAACGUGCUGUGCAGGGAGGCCGAGUUCCUGAAGCUGAAGAUGCCCACAAAGAAGCUCUACCACAUUAAUGAGCCCCGGGGCCUCCUGAAGAAGAUCAGCUCCGUGCUCCAGAAAAUCACGGACCCCAUCCAGCCCAAGGUGGCCGAGCACAGACCCCAGACCACAAAGAGACUCUCCUACCCCUUCUCUCGGGAGAAGCAGCACCUAUUUGACCUGUCUGACAAGGAUUCCUUUUUCGACAGCAAAACCCGGAGCACAAUAGUCUAUGAGAUCCUGAAGAGAACGACGUGUACCAAGGCCAAGUACAGCAUGGGUAUCACGAGCCUGCUGGCCAAUGGCGUUUACUCAGCUGCCUACCCCCUGCACGAUGGAGACUAUGAAGGCGAAAACGUGGAUUUCAACGACAGAAAACUCCUGUACCAAGAGUGGGCGAGCUACGGGGUCUUCUAUAAAUACCAGCCCAUCGACCUGGUCAGGAAGUACUUCGGGGAGAAGAUCGGCCUGUACUUCGCCUGGCUGGGCGUCUACACCCAGAUGCUCAUCCCGGCCUCCGUGGUCGGCAUCAUCGUCUUCCUGUACGGAUGCGCCACGGUCGACGAGAACAUCCCCAGCAUGGAGAUGUGUGACCACAGACAGAACAUCACCAUGUGCCCGCUGUGCGACAAGACCUGCAGCUACUGGAAGAUGAGCUCGGCGUGCGCCACUGCCCGGGCCAGCCACCUCUUCGACAACCCUGCCACCGUCUUCUUCUCCGUCUUCAUGGCCCUCUGGGCCGCCACCUUCAUGGAGCACUGGAAGCGGAAACAGAUGCGGCUCAGGUACCACUGGGACCUCACGGGCUUCGAGGAGGAGGAGGACCAUCCCAGAGCUGAAUAUGAAGCCAGAGUUUUGGAAAAAUCACUUAGAAAAGAAUCCAAGAACAAAGAGACGGAUAAGGUGAAGCUGACCUGGAGAGACCGGUUCCCGGCCUACUUCACUAACUUGGUGUCCAUUGUCUUCAUGAUCGCGGUGACCUUUGCCAUCGUCCUGGGAGUCAUCAUCUACAGGAUCUCCACAGCCGCCGCCUUGGCCAUGAACUCCUCCCCGUCCGUGCGGUCCAACAUCCGGGUCACAGUCACGGCCACCGCGGUCAUCAUCAACCUGGUGGUCAUCAUCCUGCUGGACGAGGUCUACGGCUGCAUAGCCCGCUGGCUCACCAAGAUUGAGGUUCCAAAGACAGAGAAGAGUUUCGAAGAGAGGCUGAUCUUCAAGGCUUUCCUGCUGAAGUUCGUGAAUUCCUACACCCCCAUCUUCUACGUGGCUUUCUUCAAGGGCAGGUUCGUCGGGCGUCCGGGAGACUACGUGUACAUUUUCCGUUCUUUCCGGAUGGAAGAGUGUGCCCCGGGAGGCUGCCUGAUGGAGCUCUGUAUCCAGCUCAGCAUUAUCAUGCUGGGCAAACAGCUCAUCCAGAACAAUCUGUUUGAGAUCGGCAUCCCGAAAAUGAAGAAGUUCAUCCGGUACCUGCGGCUGAGACGCCAGAGUCCCCCCGACCAUGACCCGUACGUGAAGCGGAGGCAGCGCUACGAGGAGGACUACACGCUGGAGCCCUUCGCAGGCCUCACGCCCGAGUACAUGGAGAUGAUCAUCCAGUUUGGUUUCGUCACCUUAUUCGUGGCGUCCUUCCCCCUGGCCCCGCUGUUCGCGCUGCUGAAUAACAUCAUCGAGAUCCGCCUGGACGCCAAAAAGUUCGUCACUGAGCUGCGAAGGCCGGUGGCCGUCAGAGCCAAAGACAUCGGAAUCUGGUACAAUAUUCUCAGAGGCGUUGGGAAACUGGCUGUCAUCAUCAACGCGUUCGUCAUCUCCUUCACGUCCGACUUCAUCCCUCGCCUGGUAUACCUCUACAUGUACAGCGAGAAUGGGACCAUGCACGGCUUCGUCAACCACACCCUCUCCUCCUUCAACGUCAGCGACUUCCAGAACGGCACGGCCCCCAAUGACCCCCUGGACCUGGGCUACGAGGUGCAGAUCUGCAGGUACAAAGAUUACCGGGAGCCCCCGUGGUCAGAGCACAAGUACGACAUCUCCAAGGACUUCUGGGCCGUGCUGGCGGCCCGGCUGGCUUUCGUCAUCGUCUUCCAGAACCUGGUCAUGUUCAUGAGCGACUUCGUGGACUGGGUCAUCCCCGACAUCCCCAAGGACAUCAGCCAGCAGGUGCACAAGGAGAAGGUGCUGAUGGUAGAGCUGUUCAUGCGGGAGGAGCAGGGCAAGCAGCAGCUGCUCGACACCUGGAUGGAGAAGGACCGGAAGAAGGACGAGCCGUGCAACAGCCACGGCCCCAAAGCCUGCCUGGACAGCCCCGAGUACCCCGGGGGUGCCCUGUAGCUGCCCCUGGGCACCCUCCCCCAGCCGGUGGAAGACCACCUUCCGAUAGGACAACAUUCUUCUGUCUUUUUUCUGUUUCUCUUCUCCUCGUUUUUGCACAAAACCAUAUGCAGGGAAUUUUUUUAUCUUUAGUAUUCAAGUUUAAUCAAAAUGAUCGCUGGGGAUAGGGUGAGAACGCGCGGGAAUACGGUCGCUUUGCAGAGACAGUCCUUGGGAACCUUGGGUCUCCUUUGCCAUGGAAGGUGAGCAGAGGCCUCCAGAAAGCGUCUUUUCUAAUCCGCCCGAUGCCUUUAGAGAGAGUCGAGAUGGUGUUGCAAAGCAUUGGAUAAACAUCGUGCCGUCUAGGAGAGAGAACGGAACAAUGAGGUUGACACAGGUUCCAGAAGACUCACCUACCGCCAGGUCGGAGAAGUCAACUGGCUUUUCAUCUGCUUUCUGUUAGUUCAGAAACUGAGAGACCCUCUGGCCAGAAGGAGAGGCCUGUGAGCUCAGAAUUUACUGUUGGAGAACCUUGGGGCAGCAGGUGUCCCUCAGGACAACAGGUGACCCGCACCAUCAGGGUCCCCACUAUCAGCCCCACACCUGGCCCUCCACCAUGACCCAGCCUCAGAACUGUUCAUCUGCUUGGUGGGACAAAAAAGAAGAAGAAGAAAGAAAAGCAGGUGGGCAGAAAAUGAGCAGAAAGAGAGAGGACCCCAGAGGCAUUUCUAAAGAUGGCUUCAGGUUCCAUGAAGUCUUAAGGCAUCGGGAAAACAGUCACAACUUUAGAAUAUUUAUUGGGAUUUUUUUAAAAAAUCAAUUUUAGGGUGGAUUUGAGGGGUUUUCUCUGUCGCUCCAAGGUGGAAGGAGUUUAUUUUAUUAGUUAACCAAAUACCAUCGCGAGGAAUUUAAAAAACACUGUUACUACCAAAGAUUUUUAUUAAUAAAGGCUUCUAUUUUGGUAAUACUUCUCUAUAUUUUUACUUACAGGAAUGUGACUGUGGGACAGUUACCAUUUUAAAGCUUGUAAAAACGAGUCUCACAGAUGACAGGAGUGAUCUAAAUUUGCAGCCAUUAUACUAACCAAUUGUCUGAAAUUUCUCGAGCUCCAAGAGAAACCUAAAAAGAAAUGUCUCAUUGAAGGGAGGGGAGAAACAGAUGCGUUUGCCAUGAACAUGCGGUCGGCGUGAGGCCAUCCCCUCCAGCCGCCAGCCCCGACCGCCAUCCAUAGGCGCUUGCUACAGUCGUGGGGUCUGACGCUUCUAGUUUCUCUUGUACAGUAAGUAGUUGGAAGUGGGUUUUUUUGUAUAUAAAUACUGUAUUAAAAAUUAGGUGAUGACCAAAAA